AUGAUGCACCGGCCACACGGGGAUAGGGAGUACUCGGACGGCCGCCGAGCCGAUCACUCCAGGGAACAAUCCGAGGAGGGCCAUGGAAGGAGGCGAUCCCGCUCACCGGACCGCAAGAGGCGCAGAGUGACAGACGAGCGGCGGCGGAGCGCGUCGCCAGACACGGACGCGAGGGACUCUCGACAUCAUCGCCACCACCACCGCCGCCAUCACCACCACAGGCGCGGAAAGACACGGGACGACACCGGCAAUGCCGCAGAAGACGCGCAACUCCCCUUCUCGUCGCGUCGGCUGGGCAAGUCGGACCUCCAGACGUUCGAGCCGCUCUUCGUGUACUACCUCGCCGUGCAGAAGCAAAAGGAGGCCGAGGACAUGGACGAGCGCGAGUUCAAGGGCCGGUGGAAGAGUUUCGUGGGCAAGUGGAACAGGGGCGAGCUCGCCGAGGGGUGGUACGAUCCCGAUAUGUUUGCGCGGGUCGCGGCACUCGGCCCGGCGCGAGGUCCCGCCCCGGCCGGCGAGGACGAGCCCGCCCCGCAUGCUCGACGGAGAAGGUCUACGGAGGAGAUGGACGAUUAUGAGGCUGCUUCGAGACGGGCUGGAGGUGCCGGCAAUGUUGAUGACGACGAAGACGACGACUACGGCCCGAUAUUGCCUCAGGCGGACGCACGGCGUCCCGUCGGCGCGCAGAUCCCCUCGCUGCAGGACCUCUCGCUGCGCAACGAACUCAUCGAGGAGUCGAGGGCCGCCGACCGCGAGUCCCUCCGCGCAGAGCGCAAGGCCGACCGCGCGCUGCAAAAGGAGCGGCUCGAGGACCUGGCGCCGCGGGCGGAGGCGGGCACGCGCGAGCGGCGCCUCGAGAAGCGGCGCGAGGUCAACGACAAGAUGCGGCAGUUCCGGGACAAGAGCCCCGGGGGCGACGGCGGCGGCGACAACGAGCAGGAGGAGGUGAUGGGCGGCGGGGACUCUCUCGAGGAGUACAAGCGGGCCAAGGAGCGGGAGCAGAAGCGCAAGUCGGAGCGGCAGAUCAGGAGGGAGGAGAUGGAGCGGGCGCGCAGGGAGGAGAUGGAGGAGCGGAGGAGGGCGUGGCAGGAGAGGGAGGACGGGACGGUGAGCAUGCUGAAGGAGCUGGCGAGGCAGCGGUUUGGGUGA